CUGCGGAGGAAAAAGCGCCAGUCCCCCGCCAUGCGUCGACUGAUGGAGGAGAAAGAGAAUAAUGCCCUGUCGCCUGGCCACACUAACGCCACCUCAAGGAAACCCUUCAGCAGCGUGUACAACCUAAAACCAAACAUCACCACAGACCUGCACAGCACAUCAUCCAACAGCCAGAACACGUCCGAUGCCUACCCCAAGUCCAGCGACACAUCCCCAGAGUUGCCACUUCCCAGCCGAGAGGAUGAGCUGCGGGACAGGGAUGCCUACUACAGUGACUUCACGGUGGACAGG